AUGUCCAGUCACAUGCAGUGCCUUCAGUGUUUGGACAUUUUUCACAUUGACCUCAACAUCUGGAGCAAACAGCUGCUGCCGGCUUCAUCCAAACUAAAUGGGCGUCCUUUUGGAUUAUACAUUUUGGAGAUUACUAUAUUCACAGCCAUUCUUUUACUCCUUUUAGCAUCUACUACAUAUCAUCCACUUAAAAAUUAUAUAGGAAAAUGGAACGAAAUGAGACCAAUUCCAGGAAUGCCGGGCGCUUAUCCAAUCAUUGGCAAUGCACUGCAGUUUAAAGCCAAUGCAGGCGAUUUUUUCAACCAGAUUAUUGAGGGCACAAAUGAAAACAGACACCUUCCUCUAGCAAAGGUUUGGGUGGGUCCAGUCCCCUUUCUGAUCUUGUAUCACGCAGAAAAUAUUGAGGUGGUCCUCAACAAUUCCAGACACCUUGACAAGUCAUACUCAUACAGGUUCCUGCACCCCUGGCUCUGCACAGGCCUGCUCACCAGCACAGGGGAGAAAUGGUGUAACUGGCGGAAAAUGCUGACUCCAACCUUCCACUUCUCCAUCCUCUCCAACUUCCUGGAGGUGAUGAAUGAACAAACCGAUAUUUUGAUAUAAAAGAUGCAGGAGCACACGGACAGAGAGAAAUUAUGUUUUAGUUUGAUGUAAUUUUGUGCUUUGGACAUUAUAUGUGAAACUGAAAUGGGAAAGAAGAUAUAUGCUCAGAGCAAUUCUGACUUUGAGUAUGUCCAAAGUGUCUAUAAGAUGAGUGACAUCAUCACCAAGAGACAGAGAGCACCAUGGCUGUGGCCAGACUGGAUCUAUAACAAGUUAGAGGAAGGCAAAGAACAUUACAGAAGACUGAAGAUUCUCCAUUCCUUCACUGCAAGUGUGAUCAUCAAGUAAAGAGCAAAGUUCACAAGCUCUGAACCUGACAGUGAUUCUGACCAGGGGCCUAGGAAAAGACAGGCCUUCUUAGAUAUGCUGUUAAAAACUGCUUAUGAGGAUGGACAGAAUGCGAGUCAUGAGGACAUUCAGGAGGAAGUGGACACCUUCAUGUUUGAGGGUCAUGAUACUACUGCAGCUUCAAUGAACUGGGCUUUACAUCUGAUUGGCUCCCACCCUGAGGUUCAGAAGGCAGUGCAGGCAGAACUAUGGGAAGUGUUUGGUUCGUGAGACCACCAUGUGGGGGUUGAGGACCUGAAAAGGCUGCGCUACCUGGAGUGUGUCAUCAAGGAGAGUCUGCGGAUCUUCCCCUCCGUGCCUCUGUUUGCACGCAGCAUCUGCGAGACCUGUCAGAUCAAUGGGUUGAAGGUCCCAAAAGGAGUGAAUGCUGUCAUCAUACCAUAUGCUCUUCACCGGGACCCGCGCUACAUUCCAGAACCUGAGAAAUUUAGACCGGAAAGGUUUUUGCCAGAGAAAAGCAAAGGGAGGCAUCCAUAUGCGUACAUCCCUUUUUCUGCAGGGCCAAGAAACUGCAUCGGCCAGCGCUUCGCCAUGAUGGAGGAGAAGGUUUUUCUUGCUAUGAUCUUGCGUCACUUUGACGUAGAGGCAUGUCAGAGCCGUGAGGAACUGCGGCCUCUGGGGGAACUCAUUCUGCGUCCCGAGAAAGGCAUUUGGAUUAAACUACAAAGUAACUCUCACCCCCAUUAAACCUUAAGGUAGCUUUAGUUCUCAAAUCACUGACGUGCUAGAGAGUUGUUGUGCUGCUAAGAACAAAUUCAAA